AUGUCCUUUCCAAAUAAAAACAAUGCAAGUACUGGACCGGACCCUGGAACUGGAGUAUUGAAUGAUUCCGAUAUCCAAGAAAUUACUCGUGAUAAUAAUCCCACUGACAGCAUUUUUGAUGGAUUGACCACCAGUGGCUCCCCUCUUGAUACAACUUCAUAUCCAAUUCCUAGCAAUAUUACGGGAGAGAAUGCGCUUCUCUUUGGAGAUAUUGAUUCCCCCAGAAUUGGUUUCAGCUCGAUACCGCCACUAUUUCCUUCAGAUCAACAGAAUCAUAUACCAGGGUCCAACAUAAAUGCUACAAAUAACUCCCCUGAAAAGUUGAAUGGACUAAAUUCGUCCAAACACCCUAACAAUAAUAGCGUCAAUAAUAGUAUGUCGUCCAAUGGUAACCCCAAUGUCUAUGGAAAUUCCUCAGGUUUAUCCACAGAAGGAUUUACAAUUAAUAGUUUAGUGGAUCUGUAUCUUGCAGGUGGUGGUAAGCCUUCUUCCUUACAUCAAGGAGGAGGGUCCAGUGGUAAUUCUGGUAAUUCUGGUAAUGCCAGCAAAGUUAUGGUUCAUUCUGGAAGUAAGUAUUACCCUAAUGUGGGUUUCCCUCCAAUGCCUCAGUUAUCCGAAAGUGUAUUGCCACCUACUGGAUUAAAUGUUCAACCCUUGGCAAUUCUGUCAAAAGCGGCCAAUGAUGCUCGUUCACUUGCUGCCAAAAGGAAGAAAGAGGCAACUGGUCCUAAACAAAGGCCAGCAUUUGUUAUGAAAAUAUGGUCUAUGGUUAACGACCCUGAAAAUCAAGAGUAUAUACGAUGGAAUGAUGAUGGUAAAACUUUUGAAGUGUUUCAUAGAGAGGAUUUCAUGAAGAAUAUUUUACCGAAAUAUUUCAAACAUAAUAACUUUGCUUCCUUUGUUCGACAAUUGAAUAUGUAUGGGUGGCAUAAAGUUCAAGAAGUUACAAGUGGGUCAUUGAAUCUGAGUAAAGAUGAUAAAAGUAUUGAUGAAAUAUGGAAGUUUGAAAACCCAUACUUCAUUAGAGGAAGAGAAGAUUUAUUGGACAAGAUUAUCAGGAAUAAGUCAUUGAACAGUGAAUCAGAGAAUGAUCAAGUGAAUUUUCUAUUAGUUCUCAAUGAAUUGGAUCAGAUUAAAAUGAAUCAGUUGACAAUCAGUGAGGAUCUCCGUCGAAUAAGGAAAGAUAACAAGAUGUUGUGGGAAGAAAACUUUUUAACUAGAGAAAGAUCUCAACAUCAGGCGCAAACUUUGGAUAAGAUAUUGAAGUUUUUGGCUGCUGUUUAUGGGAAUAAUGCAAAUAAAAUCUUGGAAAUCCCAUUUGAUUCAAGUGCUGCCGAGCUUGGUGCUAGCAAUCUUCAAAUGAACCCACCUCAAUCACCAAAUCCUUAUACACUGGUUCAUGUGAGUCCUUUCCAGAAACCACAAUUAAUGAUUUCAAAUCAAGCCUAUACAAAUAAUUCUCCCGAUGGAAUGGGAAAUAUAUCUUCGAAGACGCCAAAGCUGGUAAAUAUGAAUCAAACAGGUACCACAAAUGCCAUUGACACAGGUUCAUCAAUAGAGGAUAUUAUGAGAUCGUAUGAAGGUACUCCCCGAAAUACUUAUGGAUAUCUCCAACAGCAACAGCAACAGCAACAACAGCAACAACAAUAUCCUCUCCACCACCAAGAGCAGCAAGAUCAAAAUGACCCCAUUCCAUAUCCUGUUAACUCUAUUUCUCAAAAUUCCAAUGCUCAUAAAAUCUUUGAGAAGAUCAUGCGAGAGAAUCCCAAUGCAGCAUCCGGAUCGAUAUCAUCACCCAGACAUUACUUCCCGGAAUUAAAUAUGAAUAGUCCUGGGAUGGGUAGUGAAUUCAGAGUUGCAACUCCAAUAGCUGAUCAUGCACAUGAUUUCAGCUUGCUGCAUGAGACGAAUUCGGGGGAUGAUUUGAUCGACCAUGUUGAGCAGAACAUUGAGAAACAGGAUAAGUCGAUAUCUCUGGUUCAUGAAUGGAUUCUGAAAUUGGCCGAGGAACAAAAGAGACACCAUGAAGAACAACCUGAAGAAGAACGAGAUCUUGACGAUUUCGAUGUAAAUGAAUUUCUUGAUAACCAUUCUGCUACACCAGGUGAAACCACUUUACCUGGGGAGAUAUCUUCAACCGGUAAAAGACGCAACGAAGAAGAUUCAAAUGGCAUCAAGCGUGUUAAACGAUAG